GAUGCAACCCGAUGCUUAUAAUUCUCGCGUUCCACGGUCUGUCGGACCUAAAAUACCUUUUGUAAGCACACCGAAGUCAAGAACUUACGUUGACCCGCACACCUACGAAGAUCCUAAUGAAGCUAUUAGGGAAUUUGCAAAGGAGAUUGACGUCUCCUUUAUUACGAUCGAAGAAGUGAUUGGCGGUGGAGAGUUUGGAGACGUUUGUAAAGGAAAAUUUCGUAUUCCGGCGAUGAAUAUAGAAAAAGAUGUCGCUAUAAAAACAUUAAAGCCUGAUGGUGGUGACAAAGCAAGGUCAGAUAUGCUUGCCGAGGCGUCUAUUAUGGGCCAAUUUGAUGACCCUAAUAUCGUUUCUCUCGAGGGUGUCGUUACAAGAUCAAAUCCAAUAAUGAUUGUCACUGAAUAUAUGAGAAAUGGUAGUUUGGAUAAAUUUUUGCAACAGAACGACGGCAUGUUUACAAUUCUUCAGCUAAUCGGUAUGAUGAGAGGAGUUGCUAGUGGCAUGGUCUAUCUUAGCCAUAUUAGCUUCGUUCAUCGCGACUUGGCAGCCAGGAAUAUUCUUGUUAAUGAAAAUCUCGUAUGUAAGGUAUCCGAUUUCGGUUUGUCUAGAGAACUAGAAAUGGAUCGUAGCGAUUACACAACGAAAGGCGGAAAGAUACCCGUCAGGUGGACGGCUCCUGAAGCUAUUAGCUACAGGAAGUUUACUUCAGCUUCUGAUGUUUGGUCUUUCGGUGUCGUCAUGUGGGAGAUAUUAACCUACGGCGAACGACCUUAUUGGAAUUGGUCUAAUCAAGACGUAAUCAAAGCGGUAGAGGAAGGUUUCCGUUUACCUCCAACAAUGAACUAUUGCCCAAAAAUUUUGUAUCAACUGAUGUUAGACUGUUGGAGAGUUGAGAGAUCCGAAAGACCAAAGUUUAUCGAAAUUGUGAAUAGGCUGGACAACCUAUCGAGGAAUCCCUAUUUGAUGGAAGAUGGUAUCGCUCUAAGUGCAAUAGAUAUAGAUCCAGAUCAUUACAUAUCACCUUCAGACCUUCUAACAGUGGAAGAAUGGUUAAGGUCACUUAAUUUAGAGAGAUAUACUAACGUAUUCAUCAGCAACGGUUACACACAAGUUUGCCAUUGUCUACCACUAAAUCACGAGCAUUUGCUAGGAUUAGGCAUUGUCUCAGCCGUCCAUAGAAAGAAGAUGCUCGACUCUUUACGGUCCCCUGAUGGCUACAUUGUCUAA